AUCUAGCACACCUGUGUCUCCUUGUGCAUGGAAAAGAUGCUCUCUUGCCAGUUGCCACUGCUAUACUAUUUGUAUAAAUUAUGGCUUCUGUUAUAUCAGUCCUCAUCCCUCUCCCAAGAACUAACCACACUUGAGAGCCAUGGUUAAGGAAAUCAAAACAGAAACCAAAGUUGGUGUUGGGAUUGAAGCCUUGUGGAAGGCUUUGUCAAAAGAUUUGAGAUUUCUGGCUCCAAAAAUUGCCCCCAAUUUGAUCAAGAAUGUGGAACUCAUAGAAGGAGAUGGUACUGGCAUCGGUACAGUCUUGCUCUUCAGCUUUGGCACUGAUGCAUCAAAGAUAAUUUACCAGAAGGAGAAGAUUGUGGAGCUUGAUGAGUCUGUGCAUAAAAUUGGGCUGCAAGUAAUAGAAGGAGGCCACUUGAACCAUGGGUUUUCUUCAUACAAAACAAGUUUCCAACUUACUGCAAUUCAAGAGCAUGAGAUCCUGGUUAGUUUCACAGUGACCUAUGAGUCUGAAGUUGAAGAUACUACCAUGCCAUCAAGGUCAACCCAAGCUGCUGUAGCUUUCAUCAGGAGCCUAGAGUCCUAUUUGUUAAGUGCUGCUGCCUAGAAGCAAAUUGUGUUGGCUGUUUCAAUGUAAUAUGAUAAUCUUUGACAUGAAUGAGCAAUUUUGGGCUAGUUUGUUGAGCUAGAACAAAGGCCACUACGGAGAAGCCUUGAAUUUGCUUUUUAUCAUUAAGUACUUUGUUCUAAGGGAAUUACUGAAAUGAUCCUCUCUA